CCUCCGCUCCGCUUCCCCGCAGCCCGUUCACCCUCCCCCGGUGCAAUAGCCAACGGGCCGGGUGCCGCUAUCCUCACUUCCACCGCCCCAGCUCCCUUCCCGAAUUGCAGGUUUGCCUCCCGCUUUCCGCAGGGGCGGGAAGGGCUGUUUCCAGGUUCGAUGCCCGGCACUCGGGUUCCGGGUGAAGCAGUGUCCGGCCCGUCAGCUUGCUUGUCCACAACCUGGGGUACCAGCCCUUGCAGAGCUCCUCUUGGAGAGUUAAAACUCCCCAGAACUCCGCGAGUAAACAGGAGGCAGAAUUUAAGCUGCCCCCACAGCCUCCUUGGUCAAGCAGCCCCUGCUGGCCCCCGAGGUGCGAGCUGUGCCUGGUUCCCAGCCCCGAGGAGCAGCUACACCAGGCGCGUGUGCUCUGUUGCACCAGGUUAGACUGAGGACCGCCACCCCUUCAGAGGAGAAAAAUGUCUUUAUUUAACUGAAAACGAGCGCUAGACAGUAAUGGAACUUCAGACAGCAAAGUCCGCCGAGUAUAAAAGAAACUGGUUUAGUCUACAUUAAUAACCUCAUGAUACGCCAAUGUCAAACGCUUCCAUGCUACUACCACCAAACAGCUCCGUGGUUCUCGCUGUGACGGGCACAGCGGGAGGAUUCGAGGCCCUUGGCCCGGCUGCAGGGGAACCGCGUCCAAACCGCUACCCCGGGCGUGCUGGCGGCUGCUUUUCUCCAGCUACAACAAAUCCCCGUAAACCAAAGCAGCUCGGAUUGCGCACGUCAGUCCCACGGGCACCCUCUUGGUCGUCGCUCAGCGUGACACAGCACAGCCACCCUCCAGCUCAGUUAAGCCCAAACGCUAUGUUUAUUGAGGACUUCUAAUACCGUGAUACCUUGGUUCAGUAAUUGGUGAAAUAUCUAAAUACCGUUAAAUAUAGUUUUUUUUUUUUUAAAAAAACCCUAACCAGACUCCGGACUAAACAAGAUGAACGUUAAACUAAAAAGUUAGAAGGGACGCUGUUUACAUUAACACUUUCUUUAAAAAAUAUAAUUGUUUUUUCUUAAGUCAAUUAACCACAGUGGUGAGACGUGCUCUCUUUUUCAGCCGUUACAGUGCAGCGUGCAGAGUUUUCCUUCCCGGAUCACACCAGCCCCGCUGUAACCGAACUGAAAGGGACAACGUGCACCCGUGUGCAGGACGGUGCUGUCUCCCCAUCGCGUGGAAAAGAGUCGUGUGUCACCACUGUGCCACAGGGCAGCCGAAAACCAGGAGUCUCUUGGUCAAAGCCGGUGACGCGGUUGGAAAACCUUCCGCGUUCGAAUAGAAAAGUCCGUGUGAAGAGGAUCAGUCCAGAGGAGCCACACUCGCGUGUCUGUCCCGAGUUAUCAGUCAAUGUACUGCGAUAGCCAGCGGAAGCCUUCGCCGUAGCCUUGCCUCUUGAGCACGCUGCACAUGAACACCUCCAUGGGACGCGCGUUCAGGUCUUUCAGUGGCACGUUUCCCUGCGGAAAUCCAAAAAAGGGGUCAGAACCGCAGCCCUGCCGCCCUCGGGGAAGCGGGAAAUCCCGCUCCCGUGGGACUUUCGGAGCCAGCAGUUAGAAACACCAAACCAAACCAUUUCCGAGGCAGAAAGCAAUCGUCACGGUGCAGAUAAGACAGUGCCAAGAGCAGCCUCGGGCUGUUAUACUACCCUCACCCAGCGCUGCUGAUCAGUUCUCUCUAAAUGUCGUGUUUUUAAACCGUGAAAACAUGGAAAUGCAGAGUAAUGAAGCCAGAAGAGCACGACGAUGUUAAAACACCAGCUUGACACCUCAUGCCCUCAUCGUUAUAGAGCCCUGGACACCACCAAGGACCCCUGCCAGAAGGUGAAGUGCAGCCGGCACAAGGUGUGUGUGGCGCAGGGCUACCAGCGCGCCAUGUGCAUCAGCCGCAAGAAGCUGGAGCACAGGAUCAAGCUGCCGGGCGCCAAGGGCCACGGGGGCUGCAAGCCCUGCCAUGCCGCCCCGCUCGCCGCUGUCUGCGGCUCUGACGGCCACACUUACAGCUCGGCGUGCAAGCUGGAGCAGCAGGCGUGCCUGGCCAGCAAGCAGCUGACGGUGCGGUGCGAGGGGCAGUGCCCCUGCCCAACCCCGCACGCUCCCACCGGCGAUGGCAAGCAAGAGCCGUGCACCGGGCAGGACCUGGCCGACCUGGGUGACCGCCUGCGCGACUGGUUCCAGCUCCUGCGGGAGAAUGCCAAGCAGAACGGCUCCGGCGGCCUCCCCGCCAGCCCUGCCACCGCGCUGGAGAGGAGCGUGGCGGCCAGCUGCAAGGAGGCAGUGGGGUGGAUGUUCGCCCGGCUGGACACCAGCGGGGAUCUGUUCCUGGAGGCGGCCGAGCUGGCCGCCAUCAACCUGGAUAAGUACGAAGUUUGCAUCCGCUCCUUCUUCAACUCCUGCGACACCUCCAGGGACGGCCGCGUCUCCGCGCCCGAGUGGUGCUUCUGCUUCUGGAGGGAAAAGCCGCCCUGCCUCAGGGAGCUGGAGAAGAUUCAGAUCCAAGAAGCAGCCAAAAUGAAGCCGGGCACCUUCAUCCCCAGCUGCGAUGAGGACGGGUACUACCGGCGGGCGCAGUGCGAGCCAGGCGGCGGGGAGUGCUGGUGCGUGGACCAGCACGGGGCCGAGCUGACGGGCACCCGCGGCCACGGCAGCCCCGACUGCGAGGAGGCGGCAGGGUUUUCGGGCGACUUUGGGAGCAGCGUGGGCUGGGAGGACGAGGAGGAGAAGGAGCCAGAAGAGGCGGGCGAGGAAGGCGAGGAAGAGGAGGGUGAAGCAGGCGAGGGCGACGACGGCGGCUACAUCUGGUAGAGGAGCAGGAAAGCCCGGCGAGCGGCACGGCCGGGUGGCAGCCCCCCAACCGGGGGUCCCUGUGACCCCCCCACUGCCGGAGGGGCAUGGGGUGGGUGUGUGUCCCCCAUCCCGGCCCCGUGUGGGACGGGGUGUCGGGGGGCUCGCCCGAGGAGGGGUGAGCAGGGUGGGGGGCCCACACUUGUGCGAAUUUGAGCUUUUUUUUGUUGUUUUGGGGUAGAGCCCCCUAGGCCUAGUGUGCUGCGGCGUGGUCUUCAACCGGGCACGCGGAGCUAAUAAAAGUGGGAAAAACAUUAAAAACAAAGAAAACCCCAUAGAGAAGCUGCCCCCCCGCCCCCCGCAAUGCUCCCCGUGCUGUGCUUGCGCGGCUGCCCCGGCCCCCGGUGUUGUGUAGCGGCUGUGAAAUAAAUACCCUGUGCUGUGUCAAA